UUGUGGGUGUGCACGGAGAAGUAAAAUGGCGGACUUGGCGAACGAAGAGAAGCCUGCCAUAGCUCCUCCAGUGUUUGUAUUUCAGAAGGACAAAGCACAGAAGAGAUCCGCCGAUGGGUCGAGUGCAGAGGACGGAGACGAUUCAGAUCGGGAUGAUGUCGAAUACUGUCCCCCAGUAAAGAGAGAGAGGACGUCAUCUUUGACCCAGUUCCCCCCAUCACAUUCAGUUCCCAAGAAUAAUAUCUUUAUGCCCUCAAGUUUAUGCCAAUCUCCAACUGGUAAUUCAGACUCUGAGCCAGAAGAGAAGCCCGUUGGGUUCAGGUUGAAACCCCCCACACUCAUUCAUGGCCAGGCCCCAAGCUCAGGUUGUUUUCCAGGCGUUCCCAGUCAGAAGCCCAAAGAACAGCAGCGCAGUGUUCUGAGACCAGCCGUUCUGCAGGCUCCUCCGGCCAAGACCCUCACAGAACCCGUCAAGACCAACUCCAGCUGUGGGACAAAUGGAGUGGGGAAGUUUGGAGAUUCAUCAUCAGAAAGCCGAUCCGUUUUCCUGAACAACACAGAGAGCUCAGACAAAUCACCGAAGCGGGAGAAGGAAGGAGAAGAAAAUGGAGGCGGACAGAAAGACGACAGCAGUCAGAAGAAGGACUGUGCGGUGGACUCGUCGUUUGUGUUCGGGCAGAAUAUCAAAGAGCGAGCGAAGUUGGAUGAAAACAGCACGUCCAGUGACUCCACGCAAGAUUCUCAGUCUGGCGGCACCAAUUAUUUCUUACAGUACAUGGGCAGCGCUAGCUCCAACAAUGCCACAAACAGCUCGGAUAAAGGCUCCAAGUUUGUUUUUGGCCAGAACAUGUCUGAGAGAGUACUAAGUCCCCCGACAGGAGGCGAGGCGCCAACAGAGGCCAUUAAAGACAGUUCGGCUCCAGCGUCCGAGCCGUCGUCACAAGAGGCCACGCCGGAGAAAAAUCACAGUGUAACAGAGUCUCUGGAAGAGUCAGCAGCCGCGUACACCAAAGCCACUGCCAAGAAGUGCAUUCUGGAGAAGGUGGAGGUCCGUACGGGAGAGGAGGCGGAGAGCAACGUUUUACAGAUGCAGUGCAAGUUGUUUGUGUUCGAUAAGCCAGCUCAGUCGUGGGUGGAACGAGGCCGCGGUCUGCUCAGACUGAACGACAUGGCGUCCACCGAUGACGGCUCGUUACAGUCCAGAUUAGUGAUGCGUACGCAGGGCAGUCUGCGAUUGAUUCUCAACACGAAGCUUUGGCCUCAGAUGCAGGUGGAUAAAGCCAGUGAGAAAAGCGUUCGUAUCACAGCCAUGGACACCGAGGACCAGGGAGUCAAGGUCUUCCUCAUAUCGGCGAGCUCUAAAGAUGCGGGUCAGCUGGCCGCCGCUCUACACCACCGGAUCCUGGCCCUGAGGAGUCGUGUGGAGCCGGACACUGAGAACACACCCGCCCCGGCAGAACCAGAGAUCCCACAGUCAAGCGACGACGACGAACCCACUAACAACAGCAGCGCCACCAACUCCACCGGCACGGGGAACUCCACCAGCAGCGGUAACUGUGAGAACAGCGAGACCCCAGCGGGCGAGAGCACAUAGCAUCAUGAAGCUCUGCUCCAGCCACAGCCGCCCACCUCAGCGCAGGCAUCUCUGCGGACAGCCCAGUCAGACCGGUCCGAGGACCCCUGGGACUCACCCAAACUUCUGUAGUUCAUUUUCCCCUCCAACAUUUAUUGUAAAUCUGGAGCUGUUUUUUUUUUUUUUAUCGUUUCAUUUGUUUUUAGUUGUUUUUUUUUUCCUCUUGGACUGCAAAUAAACAAAUUAAAAAGACAACAAAAAAAGAAAAAAGGAGAAAAAAAAAUCGAGACUUUUCCAUGUAUGGCUUUGGACUUGGUUGCUCAUCAUAUUGAUGAGUGUGAGGGUGUUUCUCUCUCCGUUUAAGACACGGAAUCGACAAGACUGCAGUUUCUACCGUGGGACCGUUUUUUACUCAUUCGCUCUGUCUCUCUCUCUAUCUCUCUCGGCUUCAGACCACUUCAUCGUGACCUCGCCGCAUCAUCACACUUAUCGGCCAACCAGCUGGCCGGUAGCAUCAGUCACCUGACCUAUAUCCCCUGUGUUCGGUGUAGUUGUACCAUUUUCUGAUUUCUGCCAGAGCGUCUCCUGGAUGUUCACUUUCCAGGACAUGAUGACACUUUUACUAGUCUGCUAAGAUGGUAGUUAGAUUUCUCAUCGGUGUUAACCAAUAAAGGACUGAACCAGCACACGGACCCGUGCUGUAGUCAACCUGUUUCUAGACCUCGCCCCUGUAAAAGAGGAAAAUCGUCUCUUCACACAUCAAAUUGAGUUGUGUAGCUUCGAUAAUGUUUAAUAUUUCUUUUUUUAGUUGAACUGAUGAGAAUUUAACAUUUAAAGCAGCGUCUCUGUAUGUUUUUAUUUUCCAUAUUCUGAGGGUUUGUAUUGUUUUGGCCUUUUUUUUUUUUAAAUAUUGAUUUACUAUAUUAACUUUUUAUCCAUUUUCAUGUCGUUUGGAGAUGAUAUUUCUUCGUGUGUUGGAAGUUUGAGUGCAUUUAGACAGGAAAAAAAAGGACAAAAAAAAAAACUUGUACCCUUGAAUGUUCUGUAAAUUUCUAUGCGUAUAUUAUCACUUACUAGCACACCAUGUCUCCAAACUCCUUUACAAAAUAAAUAGUAAUAUCAAAGUAAAAAAAAAAAAAAAA